CAAACGGUUUCCCUUAUAUGGUGUUUCUCGUUCCAAAAUGCCAAUGUGCCCAUGCCCAUGGGCCUGCCCGCCUUCCUCGACGAUCCGCCCCGCCUCCGCCGCCUGCUCUUCUCCUGCGCCACGCUCCGCACACUCACCCGCCUCCACGCCCUCCUCAUCGUCUCCUCCUCCGACCACCAUAUCCUCUCCUCCGUCCUCGCCACCGCGUACGUCCGCGCCGGCGACCUCGCCGCCGCCGAGUCCACUGUCGCCGCCGCUCCCGCGUCCCCCUCCUCCAUCACCGCCUGGAACGCCCUCCUGUCCGCGCACAACCGCGGUGGAUCCCACGACGCGGCGCUCCGCGUCUUCCGGGCCCUCCCGCCCGCCGCGCGCCCCGACAGCACCACCUUCACGCUCGCGCUCUCCGCGUGCGCGCGCCUCGGGGAUCUCGCCGCCGGUGAGGUCGUCAGGGAGCGCGCGUACGGGGCCGGGUACAGGAGAGACAUCUUCGUGUGCUCGUCGCUGCUCAACCUCUACGCCAAAUGGGGCGCCAUGGGCGAUGCCGUCAAGUUGUUCGACCAAAUGCCGAGGAGGGACCGCGUCACUUGGAGCACGAUGAUCGCUGGGUUCGUGAACGCGGGACAGCCGGUCGAGGCGAUUGAAAUGUUCAGGAGGAUGAGGGAGGAUGGCCUUGAGGGAGAUGAGGUGGUUAUGGUUGGGAUUUUACAGGCGUGCACAACGACUGGGGAUGUCCGAAUGGGUGGCUCGGUUCAUGGGUACUUGCUGCGGCAUUGUAUGCCCAUGGAUGUUGUCAUAUCGACAAGCCUUGUUGAUAUGUAUGCGAAGAAUGGACUGUUUGAUGUGGCCUGCCGGGUGUUUCAGCUGAUGGCAUACAGGAAUGAUGUGUCGUGGGCCGCUCUGAUCUCACAGUUUGCACAGAACGGUCAUGCGGACGAGGCACUUGGUUUGUUCAGAGAGAUGCAGGUGUCUGGUGUUCGACCUAAUUCAGGGGCAGUUGUUAGUGCACUGCUAGCUUGUUCGGAUAUUGGAUUCUUGAAGCUAGGUAAGUCAAUGCAUGGUUUCAUCUUGAGGAGGCUUGAGCUUGAUUGUAUUGUGAGCACAGCAGUCAUUGAUAUGUACUCAAAAUGCGGAUCCCUAGCAAGUGCGCAGACGCUUUUCAAUAGGGUCAGCUCUAGAGACUUGAUUUUGUGGAAUGCAAUGAUCGCAUGCUGUGGUACACAUGGACGAGGUCGUGAUGCCCUCGCUUUGUUCAAAGAAAUGGACGGAAACAAAGUAACGCCUGAUCAUGCCACAUUUGCUUCUCUUUUGUCGGCUCUCAGCCACUCCGGUCUAGUAGAAGAAGGCAAAUUCUGGUUUGAUUGCAUGGUUAAUGAAUAUGGAAUUGAACCCGCUGAGAAACAUUUGGUCUGUAUAGUGGAUCUUUUAGCCCGCUCUGGUCUUGUUGAAGAGGCGAAUGACUUGCUCACAUCAAUGCACACAGAACCAACCAUUGCAAGUUUGGUCGCACUACUUUCAGGCUGUUUGAAUAACAAGGAGCUGGAGCUUGGAGAGAGUACAGCAGAAAAGAUCCUUGAAUUGCAACCAAAGGAUGUUGGCAUCCUUGCCUUGGUCUCAAACCUUUACGCCGCUGCCAAGAACUGGGACAAGGUCAGGGAAGUGCGGAAGCUAAUGAAGGACCAUGGCAGUAAGAAGGUGCCCGGGUGUAGCUCGAUACAGAUAUAUGGAGCGCUGCAUAAAUUCGUGAUGGAAGAUCAGAGCCACCCUCAGCACAAACAGAUUCUACAAAUGGUCUCGAAGCUUGAUUCCGAGAUGAGGAAGAGGGGCUACGUACCGAAGACGGAGUUUGUGUACCACGACCUCGAGGAAGGAAUCAAGGAGCAGCUCCUCAGCCGCCAGGCCUUCGGUCUGCUGAACACGAGUCCGGGAACGAGGCUCGUAGUCAUAAAGAACCUCCGGGUGUGUGGCGACUGCCACGACGCCAUCAAGCUCAUCUCGGAGAUCGCAGACAGGGAGAUCGUGGUGCGCGAUGCCAAGCGCUUCCACCAUUUCAAAGACGGUGCUUGCUCCUGCGGCGAUUGCUGGUGAAGCGUGUGGUAGGAGACUACCUGUCCAGAGUCCAGUAGUCCACCUCUCUAUCCUUGGUCCUGCGGACUGACGAAGUUGACGAGGACCAGCGUGGGUGCAUAGCAGAGUACCAGUUCCGGUUGUCUUGUGCAAACAAACACACUGAUUUUAUCUCAAGCAAUCUUAUCUGAUUUGAUGACACAGAAUUCAAAAAGGAUGGACAGAAUAACUGUGGAGACAUUUCUCGUCAUCAGCGAAAGUACAAGUGUUGCCUUACUACAGGUUCACAAAAGAUUUCACAUACUCCUCGUGUCCGCGUCAUUCUCAGCUCCUGUUUCUUUGUUUAUUGCCUGUUGAAUCGUGACAGAGUCGCAGCCGACCACAACUCUGCGGGCGUGACACAGCGGUCGAGGCCGUUCAGCUAGGACUGCAACGCCACGACUCUACCACCAGCAGCAUCGCCGUCGAGAGAUCACAAGAAAUGCCACGCGCGUCGAAUCGCGUCUUUGGGGGACGUCGCCGUCCUCGCGGCCGCGGGGGUCUUCUGCCGCGGGCCGGCCGGGAAAGAGACCCGAGAAUAAGCGUGGCAAAGGUUGCUUUGAUUUUGCUUUGCUUUUCCCGUGGCGUCGUCGUGAUGGAUCGCUGAGAAUCCGGGGGACGUGAGUCUGUGGUCCAGAUAACGCUGGACUUGCUUUCCUGGGCGCUGGGGGUGGUUGAGGUCUAGGGAGUUGGGAGGACGCUUGCUUCUGAAGCAGGAAGACCCGACCUGCCCCAUGUGGCCGUGCCGCUCUGGCUGGAGGCUGGACUCGGCGAGGCGACUUGAACUAUUGCCAGUUUGGCAGCUGCUGUUCAUGAUUGGCAAAUUUGAGCCCGGUUUCGGUUUAGGCAGGUUUCUUCCUCGUCGUUGACUCGCUGCUGGUGAGUGGAAAGAGAGUCCGUCCGGCCUCUUGCACGACGUUUAGCACAAUUAAACAUUUGAUGUACUAGCAUACUUUUGCUUAAAGUUCAAUCCUAAUUGGGUCGAAAAA